CAUAAAAAUAUUACAUAAAAUACAAUUCAAUAUAAUACAAUACAAUACGACCUAAUACGGUGUUACAAACCAACCUUAAAAAGCAUGAUUAGUACAUUUUAAAGUUCUAGAGAAAAAUUCUAAUUAACCAAAAAUAAAUAACCAGAAACCCGUGUCGUUAUCUGACCUUACACUUGGCGAGAUCAUCUCCUACCAAUUAUACUAACCCUAAAAUCUUGGGCCUCGUUUCUAUCCAAUUUCUAUUGGACCACGUGUCCACCUUCUGGAAACAGUCAUUUCACUUUGAUUAUUUUUUUUAAGAAAACUAAAAAAUAAAAAUCCGUACACGAUGCACGAGGUGAGGAAAACAGCUUACGUGCCCUUCUCUAGGAACUACUGUAGACGCUAUUCGAGCUCCCAUUGGUUCAUCUGUGGGGCCAAUCGUAACCCUCCAUAACUGUGGGGCCCACGCACCCGCAAUGCCACGUCUCCUUUAUACCAGCCAAUCCAAUAUCUGCGCUGUUCAAGCCACUUUCACUACACGUGUCUUUCUCCCCACGUGUCGUACUCACCCAUGCUAUAUAACCAAACUCUUCGUUAUCAACCUUAGCAUUAAACUCCGAUUCCAAAACGAUUCGCAACUGAGUUUUAGAGAGAGAGAGAAAUAGAAAAAAAAGUAAAGAAAACCACCGAGUUUUAGAGAGAGAGAGAGAUUGAAGAAGAUAGGGGUUAUGGAUAGUAGAGGUGGUUGCUGCAUAGCUAGAUAUGUCGCUGGAGGAGGUGGUGGUGGUGUGUACGGUUAUGAUAUGUCUAAAGUUGGCCGGAUAAUGCUCCGUUUCCGGCCGAUCGCACCCAAACCCGUUGCCGGUGGACCCGUCUCCGGUGGUAACAAAGCUGAGAUGGGUGAAACCCAGGCUCGAGGUGGUAGAGGGAAGAGAAGGAUAGUAAAAGAUAAUAACAAUAACACCAGACGGUGCAAUAUCAAGAAGAGAAACGCUUCUUCACCUGAAUCUUCCGACGAAAAACGACGUCGUUUGGUUCCAGAAGAGAAGGUUGUGACUCUCCCUCUCUUACCGGAGACUCCCGAACCUAAAGAUACCCCGGCAAGGCUUUCUCCCGAGACGAGAGACUCCCCAAAGUGGCUGAGCUUCGAGAAUAAUAAUAAUGUGUACGGCAGUGGACGAUUGUCGGUGGAGACGGCAGAUCCAACGGCGGUUAAGACAUCAACGAGGCCGGUGAAGCUGGUGGGUUCGAGCGUGACCGUUGAAUGCGUGACUGACACGUGGAUGGACGGGAUUAAUAAGUUUGGGUUAGGAUGUACGGACGAUGAGAGGAGAAUGAAUCUUGCGCAGGACACGUGUCCGGGGUUUGUUUCGGACAGUUACGGAAGGGUGACGUGGACAAACGGGGCCUACAAGAAAUUAGUGGGCCAAGGGUGCGAGGAUCACGAUCUUCACCACGAUUGUAGCGGUGGUGAUGAUCAUGAUCAGAUGAUGAUGAUGGUUUGGUUAGUUAUGAAGGAGAGGUUGCCUGUGACGGUGCUAACGUGCCCGGCGUUCACAUGCAGAGUGAGACUACAGUGCUACACCAAUGGGAAUAAAGAGAUCAAAAGCUCCCUAACACUGCCUUGUGAUGUUUGGAGAAUGGAUUGUGGUGGUUUUGCAUGGCGAUUGGACGUUAACGCUGCUCUCUGCUUGGGCCGGUAACCUUACCAAAACCCCUUUACCCAUACCCACACACAUAUAAAUAUCUAUGCCAAGUUAUGAAAUGUUUAAUUAAUUAAGCUUAAUUAUUAUUAGCUAUAAAUAGCCUUUUUUUUGUUUUAUUUUAUGUUAUUUUUCGAAAGAAAAAUAAAAUGUAAAUAGUUUUGUGAUCGAUGAUAUCGAUCAAGAGCUAGUAGUACUGUAGCAUCACGUUGUGGUUGUACACUCUCAAAUAUUCAUCACACAUCAGAGUUGUGGGGGCUGAUUUGUGUUAUUAUAAUUAAAUAUAUACUAGUGAUGAUGAUGAUGAUGAUAUAUAUAGAGAGAAGAGAAAAAGAACCAAUUUAAUUUAAUGUACGUACUAUCACUACUGUUUUGUUUUGUUAUUAAUAUAAUCAAAAUUUUGUACAAA